CUUGGAGGUAUAAAUUACAUUUGUUUUGCAUGACCCAAGAAUGCCCAGUCAAGUGUACGUUACACUCAACAAGAGUUCAUGAACCACAGGGUUCCACCCAACCGGAGGUACCAGCCAACAGAAUAUGAACAUGCGGCCAAUUGUGCCACACAUGCGUUCUGGAUUAUUCCAAGCAUCCUUGGCAGUUCCAUCCUCUACGUUCUCUCUGACAAUCAAUGGGAGACCAUCUCUGCGUGGAUCUAUGGCUUUGGCCUCUCAGGAUUAUUUCUCGUCUCUACCGUCUUCCACACCAUCUCUUGGAAGAAGAGGCAUCUAAGGACUGUGGAACAUUGCCUACACAUGUUUGACAGAAUGGUCAUCUAUUUCUUCAUUGCGGCAUCCUAUGCCCCUUGGCUAAAUCUGCGGGAGUUGGGUCCAUGGGCUUCCCACAUGCGCUGGAUCAUUUGGAUCAUGGCAUCCGUUGGAACCAUCUAUGUUUUCUUUUUCCAUGAACGGUACAAGCUGGUGGAACUGGUGUGCUAUGUCAUCAUGGGCUUCUUCCCUGCAGUGGUCAUCCUUUCCAUGCCCAACACAGAUGGCCUCUCGGAGCUGGUGGCUGGUGGCUUUUUCUAUUGCCUGGGCACCGUCUUCUUCAAGAGUGAUGGGCGCAUCCCCUUUGCCCACGCCAUCUGGCACCUCUUUGUGGCCCUUGGAGCUGCCAUCCAUUAUUAUGCCAUUUGGAGGUACCUCUAUCAAUCAGAUGCUGCUGAGGCAAAAACUUCCAGGUAGACAGAUGCCUUAAGAAGGAUGGACUCUCAUCCCUUCGUUUGUGCUGGAAGGCGAGCUCUGCACUGAUUUGUCCUUCUCCUGGUCACCCGACAAGAGGAGGUGGUGGUCUUUAGUAUUAUUUUCCUGGCCAAACUUGCACAGGCCCCAAAGCCUGAAGGCUUGCUUUUGUUUGUUACAAAUCAGUGUUUUUAGGCAAAGUUUUUCUAAUGAAAUGAACAAUUAAUGGGCAUUAUUGCAAAGGGGGGAGGGUAAAUGAGAGCCUCUUUCUGGUGGGACUUGGAAGCAUCUGGGAAGCGCUCUGCUCUUGGGGUCCUGAGAAUUCCUUGGCAUGACAUGAUAGCAAGAAAGCAGAAGCUGGCAAGAGAUUUGCAUGAAUCCCAGUCAGCUGAGGGCCCAUCAGCAUUGACUGACUGUGUCUCAUCCCCACCCCCACCCCAAAAACACACCCGCUGUUCCUGGUGGCUACAACUGGCUCUGCCUGGACAACCAAGGGACAGGCAGCCAAAUGCUUAGGCUAGAUUUGUGGAAGCUGCAGAAUCUGCAUCCUUCAUCUGGACCUUGUGGACUUUCAUUGUGGUGUAGCCAAGGGGUUUCCAUGUUUUUUGAUGGAAACAACACUGGUCCCCUUUGCAACUUCUGAAUGUAAUGAAUGACAGCAAGGUACGAUGUCAAGACCUAAUAAUCCCUAACCCAUAAAUGGUGGGAUGCAGUCAUAAGUACAUCACCUACUGGUUUCCACAGUGUCCUAAAAUCUUAAAUCUGAUUCUAGUAAGCAAGAAGAUGAAUUGGUACACACUUCAGAUUGGAUGUGAGGACUCAGAUGAGAGCAGUGCCCUCUGCAGGUAGAAAACUAGUUGAUCAGGAGGAAAAGUGCCUAGCUUAGCUUUCUCCCUGACAUCCUUGCUUUCUAUGUGCAGGGAUAUGGAGGAACAUUCUUUAAUUUGAGCCCCUUUCUGUCUGAAGCAGCACAGCCCUGAUAAGUUUACCACCUCAGUGACAACUAAGCCUUAGUUUUCAUUAAAACAAAAACAAAAAAUGUCAUCCUUCUAUACAGCCUUCAUGUUUGAAGAGUUCAGGGGCCAUAGCUGGGUGACAGAGCACCUUCUUUGCAUGGAGAAGGUCUCUGGCAUCUCCAGUUGGAAAAAGGAUCAGACACCAGUCUGAUCAGAUAGAUAGAUAAGAUAGACAGAUAGCAGCUGCCUGUGGUAUAGUAUGAGCAAUUUCUACAAAAGGCUGCCUGCUUGGGGCAGAAGCAGAAUUCCCUGGAAGUCAUCCUGUGAGGAUUAAAGCUGAGGGGGCUUGGUUUGGUAGCUGUCAAAAGCACAGGUGUCGUCUCAUUGGUUCCUACCAACCAAGUUUACCGUCAGAUCAACCAGACCAAUUGCCUGAGGCCAUACUUACUAAGAAAAUGACUGACAGCUAGAGAAAGAAUGACAUAAUGCACUCCAAUGCACUUUAGUGCUGUUCACUUUAAUGCACUUUGAAUCAAGCCGUGUAAACUUCUGGGUAAUGUGCUAAAAGCUGCUGAAGUUCAGAAGGGACUUCUGUCCUUUCACUGCAAAAAGUUGUCUCAGGCAAUUAUUACUGCCUAUUCCCAAUGACAACCAGACAGAGCAGAAAUUUCACAUGAACUCAAAAUUCAGCAAAAUGGCAACUUUCCACAUUCUUUGAAAAUUUCAGGCAUGUUCAGAUUCUCGUUUUGAAAUGUGACUUUGAGGAACACCUUUUUUAAAAAACAAAACAAAAACAACCUUUACUCUUGCUGAUUAAAUGGAAAGCAAAAAUGUAAAAGUGUCAGCCGGCUAACCAUUUAGCCAACUCCCUGAAACCCCGACAUAGUUGGAAUAUGCUGCUGUUGAUGAUGAUGACUGCAGCUCAGAUUGCUGUAGGAGUUUUAGUAUUUCUCAUGUAGAGGAUCAAAUGCUGAGGCAUCAAUCAGCAUUGUCUCUCUAGGUAGCGGCUCUUUCCACAGCCAAAGUCGACUGUGCUCACUCUGUCAUGUGGAGAUUUGGGGGUUAGUAAAAUCAGCCUCAGUCAGCCCAUGACACUCCAGCAGGCGUAGCCCCUAUGUGGUUUCUGGGUACCACUCGACUUGAACUGGGGCCUUUGAAGUGUUCCCUACUUGCCACACUGGGAGGGCUGGGCAAGAACAGAAAUACACAAUCUGUGAUCGAAACUGAGUGAAGACGGGGAAACCAGCCACAAGGGCCUAGACAUUAGGUACCUGAUGUCCAUGUAAGGGUGUCCAAUAAUCUGAAAUGACGCCCAAUCUCUAAAAUGUAAACAGCAUGUUUACUCAGAAGUAAGCCCCACUGAGUUCAAUGGGGUUUGUUCCCAACCAAGUGUUUUGUAAGAUUCCAGUCCUUUACGGGCUUAGCACACUGAACUUAUUAGGACUUACUUCUGAGUAGGCAUGCCUAGCGCUGCACUGUUGAAAGCAGCAUCAAGACCUGGGCUACGGUGACAGGAGACUCAGCUGUGGAUGAGAGAGCAAGUGCUCCGGUUGGGUCAUUGCAGGAAUGGAUCAGGUGUCACAUUACGCCUUACUACAUUUCAGAAACAUGAAUCUAACCCGGAAUCUGCAUACACUGGGGAAGCCACUCUGAGCUACUCUUUGGUAAACAAACUCGGUCCAUUCUGGCUGUUUUCUGUAAAACAGCGCACUUCAAUCUUCCUUUCUACACAUCCUCCCAGCUGGAGUUGCAGAAAGAGCCCCUUUGCCCCUUGUGGAUCUUUGUCCAGCAGAGGGGGAAGGAUGAAUCCUCUUCCCAAAGAAAUAAGGGCCAAUUCAGACAGUACUUUAGUAGAAGGGUCCUUCUCUCUCCAGAUCAAAGAAGCAGUCAGAAGACAUCCCACCCCCCCCAAGAGAUCCCUGUUGGUCAGUCAAGCUCUGUUAAAUCACGACUAACCAGAGCAUUCAAUGCUGGGCUGACUUGGUACCAGGCAGCUUUCUAUGUUCAAACAAUUAUAUGUAUAAUACUGUAUGUUCAUACCCCAGCAGAGCAAUCAUCUACCCGUGAUAAGGACCUGUUUGACCUACCAUUGGCAGCCCACCUAGGCAGCAGAUUUGGGAGUACUGUCAGGGAACAGCCAGCGUAGCUCAGCGGUGGACCAUCUGCCUUGCAUGCAGAAGGUCCCAGGUUCAAUCCCCAGACUGUGAAAAAGACAAAUAAUUGGGUGUUAGAACAAAUUAAACCAGAAUUAUCACUAGAAGCGAAAAUGAUGAAACUGAGACUAUCAUACUUUGGACACAUCAUGAGAAAACAUGAUUCACUAGAAAAGACAAUAAUGCUGGGAAAAACAGAAGGGAGUAGAAAAAGAGGAAGGCCAAACAAGAGAUGGAUUGAUUCCGUAAAGGAAGCCACAGACCUGAACUCACAAGAUCUAAACAGGGUGGUUCACGACAGAUGCUCUUGGAGGUCGCUGAUUCAUAGGGUCAACAUAAGUCGUAGUCGACUUGGAGGGACAUAACAACAACAGCACAUGGCCAAAUUCAGUCAUUUGCUGCGGGCGCUGCGGUUGCAUCUUGCACCCUCUGAUGCUUGGCGCAACCCUUCCCAGACUGAGCUCACUUGAUGGACAGGCAACGGAUUCGUACCAGAAUCUAAACCCAACUUUCUUUGUCCCAAACAAAGGCUGGAAGAUGUUGUUCCAAACAGCUUGGGUUUAUGAGACAAUAAACCAAGGGGUGAAUCACAGCUGGGAUGCUGCCACUGAGCAAAAGUUUCUAUGUUAUAUGUGGUAUUUGCUUAUUUUUCUACUUCCGGUCUUAAAAUGCCAUCUGCCUAUAUUCAGGUUGGUCUGAAAUCCAAAGGUCCCCCCCACUCUUUUGUCCACCUAAUCCCUUGCUAACUCCAAUGCUGAUGAUUCUUCAGCUGCUGGCUGUGUACCACCAAAGGUCCCUGAUGCUCUUUCAGGUGAUCCCUGAGACCAAGGCCAAAAAUAAUGGAGGAAAAUGCUGACUUGUGAGCCAUGCCCCCCCCUCCUUUUUUUGCUACAGGGUUGAGAAUGAGAUCCUUGUUAAUGCCUUAUCCCACAACACAAGCAGCGCAAUAAGGAGGUAGAGUCCUGAGGAAGUAGCAUGAACCAUACUGCUUUAGAUGGUGGGGUGGGGAGAUCACAUUUUUAAUGCUUCCCUAUGAGAUAAAUAGAGAGCCAGUGUGGCAUAGUGGUUAUGGUGUUGGACUAUGACCUGGGAGACCAGGGUUCGAAUCCCCACAUAGCCAUGAAGCUCACUGGGUGACCUUGGGACAGUCACUGCCUCUCAGCCUCAUGAAAACCCUAUUCGUAGGGUCGCCAUAAGUCGGAAUCGACUUGAAGGCAGUACAUUUACAUUUAUGUGAUAAAUUUCCUGCCAUAGUAGGCAAUGAGCUAGACUAGAAUCUCUCUGGUAUACAAUUUUUGGCAGAUCUUUUCCCAUGGGGGGGCGGGAAAUGGUGUCCCUACCUGGUGCAUGAAAUGGUAUAAUGCACAACAACAGCCUCAGGGUUUGCACCACCACAUUCUGCUGUGUGUGUAGACAAGGGCAUCUCCUUGUAUAUUCUGAGGCAGAUGUGCCAACUGUGGAGGGAAAAUGGAAGUGUCCUGUGGUGACAGGCAGAUGCUCUCUGUUUGCCUGUUCUCUGUGGCACUGAGAUUUUGGCCACUGAGUCAAGACACAAAUCUCCAGGAUUCAUAUGAAUCCAUUUCCCAUCACUGUGCACAUUCAUUCCACCUGCGGUAGAGUGUAGAAGGAAUUUCCCGCUGCCCUGUAUCCCUCCACAAAACUGUUUUUAGCCUUUACUACUAAUCAACAUAUCUCUUCAAAAAUCUCUCUGUAAAACUAAUGGUAUUUGAAAUGUCAAAAAUUCUUAUUUUAUACAGACAUAUCUAAGAUGUAAUGCAUAUUGUAGCCUCAACAACAUUUCCAGUUUUCUACGAAAAAACCUUUUUUGAUAGCCCGGUUCAGGAAUUCAAAGAAAUGUGUGAGGGCAUAAAUUGUGUAGGACAGGAUUCACCAGUCGGUGCAUGAUCCCACAGAGAUCUUCCCUACUGCCCACAGGGCCCACAGGGGGUGAGUGUGGAGCCCAUGACAAAUUCUCUUAACUUACUUCACCCCAACUUGCCUGCAUUGAGUGGUAAAGGUCUGAAGGCUUUGAAAUAUGCCCAGCUGAAUGUACCCUGUGCCCGGAACCCAAGCCUGGGUAUAUCAGGAUUCCAAAUCACAGGGAAGCUUCUAGGUGUGUCAGCCAAAUGCACCUAGAAGCCCCCUUCAAACCUUCCUGCUCACCAUGUGAAGGUUGGGAGUGGAGUAAACAAGGACACUGGGGGACUGGCAUGCACACGCCUUGUAUGGAUUUAUAGUACCACAUAAAUGAAGACGUAUGUCUUCAGUCAUUUUGGAAUUCCAGCCUCUUUGCCUCUCAUGGUCAUGCUGAUAUGGGUGGCACGGGCAUAUCUGUUGGACAACCAACUCAGAACCGCUAUCACCCUCACUGCAAUCUUGCAUCCCUUGCCCUAUCACUUUUCCAAUUUUAUUGGCAUGAGAAUCACUGAUGGAUAUGAUUAAGAACUGUCCAAUUUACAUGUUACAUUGUACCUGUGAAUGCUCCUUGGAGUGGAGAAAAAAAAUACUGUGUGAAUUAGCUUUAAGGCUACAAUCCUACACCCAUUUACCUGGCAGUAAGUCCCACUGGGUACAGUGGGUCUUACAUCUGAGUAGACAUGCAUAGGAUGACACGGUAAGUGAGCUUGGCUCCAUGGAUGCAGCAGAAUGGGGUGUAGAAUUUAUUUUUGUAGUUUAAUUAAUUUGUCACGUUCCACAUCCAAGGAAAUCUCAAAAUGACUUACAACAAGCAGUAGAGUAGUGACAAAUUCAGAAGUGCAGAGUCCCUUCAUGACUGGCACAACCACACCCCUCCCCCCCUUUUUUGCUGUAGGGUUGAGAAUGAGAUUCUUGUUAAUGCCUUCUCCCACAGCAACAGACACCUCUAGGAACCAAUCAGCAUGAAAGAGGAGAGUGUUGGCUACUGAGAAGAGUCUUCUCAGUGGCCAACUCACCUCCUUUUUCUCUUAUUGGCUCCAGUCAGCAGGAAAGGACAAGGGAGCAUGUUAGAAGACUCUUAGUGGCUCACACAUUCUCUUUUCAUGCCGAUUGGCUCAUAGGAUGCUGGAGGCAGAGGGAUCUGCUGGGACCCUGCUCCCUAAAAAGGGGUCUAAAAUGACUACAUCCCUGACAACAAGAGUAAAAAUCCCAAAGUAUGAUAAAUAUCAAACUUAUCCAUUAACACAGUAACACAAUACUAAAAGCAUUCAUCCACAGUAAUGGAUUAUUAAUCAAAAAUAUCCUCCCCUCCUCCUCAAUGGGUGGAUAUUUAGCCGUAAGAAGCAAAACCGUAUCUUUGCCCAAAUGUGCUCAACUGGGACUAAAAAUGUCUAUGUUGGUGCCAAGUGAGAUUCCCUGGGGAGAGCAUUCUGCACUGCACCUGUGCACCACUUUAUACCUCGUGUGGGGGACUCACACUUUGGAAUGCUUUUACCUAAAGCAGCAUUAGGGAACUUGUGGCUCCCCAGAUGUGUGGAACUGUGAUCCUCUAAAUACCAGUUGUGGGAUGACGUGAGUGGGAGGGUGCUGCUGUGAUCCAAAAGGGCUCUUCCUAUAGUUCUGCACUAAAGUUUCCAUCGUCUGUAAUCGCUGGCCAUGGGAGCAGGGACUGAUGGGACCUGAUGACCAACAACAUCUGGACAGCAGUAAGUUCUCCCAUACCAUAAAGAAACCGACAGCGGGGAGAGUGCUGGGCUCAGAGUUUUCUUCCCAAUGUGCUAUUUUUUAAAACAUGUAUGGAUUUAAUUAUUUUUUUAAAUGUAGGGGAAACAUUAAAAAAUGGACUUCCUUCCAGCUAUAGUCUAAAGUGGUAAAGGCCACUCUAUCCCAUCUGGAUUUGACCACAUCAUUCUGCUACUGCUCUGAUUUCUCACAAGGCAAAUCCAUGAACCAGGUAAACUGGAGGCUGAACUGAAGCUGUUUUGAUCCAUUCCUGAAAACACAUUUGCUCAAAAACAACUUCCUGCAAUGUUUAUUUCUUGACAAAUAUGCUUAGGCUUGUAGCCUUUAUAUCUUUCAGCAUUCCAUCGUCUUCUCACUCAUUAUAAUAAUUGAAAACUGGGGGGCAUAAUUUAUACAAGUCUUCUCCAAUCAGGUGCCCUACAUAUAUUGUUGGAUGGCAACUCCCAUGGGUUCUGUCCCCCAUAUCCAAUGGUUUGGGAUGAUGGGAGUUGUAGUCCAAAAGGGCACCUGGUUUAGGAAGGCUGAUUUAUGGCCUUCCCACUCAUACAAACCUGCCCCUUAUGCUAUAUUGCACACAGAAAACCUUGGAUUUCCUGAAGUGUCAAUCUCCUGGCUAUUUUUAUGCUUUGUCAGGGCUGAGGAUGGGUUCUUAUGAUUGCCCUAAAUGUUUUCUACUAACUUUUCAUGAAAUUUGUAACUUUAGAGAAGAAGGUUUGUGAAUGAAACUUUCUGGGUGAUACAAAAUAAAAAUAA